CGAUACUGGCAACAUUCUACGGCUGGCAGCCAUCUACUCGACUCGUGCGCAGUUUAUUCGCAAAUUAACACACGCGUAUCGCGAAAUAUUUGUUUAUCAAAGAGUUGAAGUUCCAAGAAUCCAAAAACUGUGUAUGCUCAUUAAAUAAUAGUACCGUUUUGUUUUGUGCAUAAUUUGUUCAACAGUGAAUAAUACUUGGAUAUAGUGCUAAAGUGAUACGAAACUUAAAACUGUGAAGUAACAUUGGAUUUUUUACUCAUUCAUUCUAUCUACUAUGUAUGUCCGAGUACUGAGGAUGCAUAAAGUCUUCACGAAAAUCUGAAACAACACAAACAUAAAACAAAUAUGGGUAGUGCUAAAGUAUCUCAGGCGAAACCACAAUUACCAAUGGCCGAUAGCGCAGACAAGAAAUCCAUAGCGAAAAUAAUAAAGAAACUGUUCAGGAAGGACAAAAAGAAAGAUGAACUCAAAAAGAACGAACGCACAGAAGAAGCGCCGGAAACGGCGCCACCUAAACAGACUACCGUCGACUGUAUACUUGAGAAUAUGAAAAAACUCGAACUGAACGCUAAAAACGAUGAUUCCGACAUCAAUGAUGAGGAUGAUGAAUUGAAGCAUUUCAAUUUCAAAGUCGUAGAAGACGAAGGCCGAGCGGAGAGGAUAGACUCCCAUUCUUCUGAAGACAGCGGUUUCUCUGAGAAGGUCGAGGAGAUCGACGAGGGAAAUAAAGAAGAAUUGGUAGAGUCUUUAAACAAUUUGAAGAUAGACGACGGCAGAAAACAGAAGAAGUUGCAGACGGUCGUUGUUUCUAGAACGCCGAUUAGAAAUAGAGUCAGUGAUUUCGGAUCGAAUGCUAGACCAUAUCCUGCACAGUCGACGGAUCUCGCUUAUAGACAGAUCAAUCAAGUAAACAAGCAGUUUUUCAGCGGCGGCCAAGUCAUCGAGAAUUCAGUCCCAUCUAUCGAAGAAACCGGCCAAAUAACACCAGUCCAAAGCCCUCCAAGCGUCCGAAACCAACCUGACAACCGGCUCGAGUUCGAUCUAGCCAUAGAACACGUCCAGAAAACAACAGAGACCUCCCAACACGAAUACGGCCAAGACUGGCUCCUGGAUACCGUCAACGAAGUUAUAGACAGCAUAGAAAAGAACAGCGAUAUGGAUUCAGAGCUGAAUCUAUUCGGUCUGAACGAGACAGAUGAUAUAAACUUCGUGCAGUACAAUGGCUAUCUCCAAGAAGAAACCACCAACCCUAUUGAAGAGUUCGAGAAUCAUUUAGACAAUGAUAUCACGACGCUUUCGAAUUACGAUGACGUUUACAAUUUGAUCAACGAUAAAUACGCCGAGGAGUAUUGUAGGCAAGAAGAAUCAUUUGUCUUCUUGACUCCACCACAUUCAGAAGAGGUUGCAAGUCCUAUGUCAGAUUCACAAGCGUCUAUGUAUCGUAAUACAUCAGAAUAUACUUUGUCACCAGAAAGGUCUUCGCCAAUUGGGAACAGCGACUGCGAAUUGUUCCAGGACAUUCCACAUGGAAUAGAACAAUUGGAUUACCCGACUUGUGUAUCAGCGGAUAGUGACGUCAUCAAAUCGAGGAAUAGGACCUCAUCGACGGGGUCGUUGAAGAAGCGCAUGAAGGAGUACAAAGAUUUACAGAAGGAGAUUGGGAAUAGAUUCAGUAAGAAGGAAUGCUGUCAGUUGUCGAGGAAACCUUGCAAGACGGUGUUCCAGGAGUACAUGCAAAAGUUAAAGACGGAGGAGAGAGCCGGGCUCUGUUUGAAGGUUGCGAAGAUGGAUUUGAAAGCUGCUUUUGGAGUACUGCAACGUAUACUGCAGAGUCUGUCCACCAGCUCCGACCUUGAGGACCUCCAGCAUGUCCUCUUCGUGCUGAUCUGCGAGCGAGUCCUGUCACAGAAGCCGGCACUCUUCAUACAGCAAUUUGGUCUGGACCUAUUGAAGGAAUCUGCUCUCCGAUGCUACCGUCGACCGCUGCUCACUAGGUACUUAGUGCAGUGCAUUAGAACCGCUAUCAAGUUGGACUCAAGCCUUGUUGAGGGAAAGAACACCGUAUUCCAUGAGGUGGAUGUUCAAGGAGACACGUUAUUGAUAGCGUGCGUGCGUAUCGGAGACGCAGCCGCAGAUGUACUCAGCGAGUUGGUACGUCGAGAUCACGAUCAGAUGCCGUUGUUCAAGACGCAUCACAUCAACGCUGAAGGUCUGUCUGCGCUGCACGUGGCGUGCGUGGAACACUCGGCGGAAUCCCCGCGCCUCCACGCCACACAUGUACUCCUACAACACGCUGACGCGGAUAUAUGGAAGGGGAACAACAAGAGCGGCGACACAGCGCUCCACCUGGCGGUGAACUCCCGCACCUGCGACCUUAAUCUGGUCAUGUUGCUGUUCAGACACGUAGACAGGAAAAUGUGGAGGAAACUCGCGCACACGCCUAAUAUGUGCUCCAGGACGCCUCUAGACUACGCCCGUGAAGCGACACGAUCUCAAACACGACAAAACCAUCCGCACGAGGUGUUGGAAUUCCUCCAGAAAUGUCGCAAUUAAAUUAAAUUAUGACAAAAACAUUGGAUUUAUUAAUUCGUAUAUAGAAUGCCUACCUCUAUUCCGUUAAUACAUGAUUGAACAAUUUUGGCGAGAAAAUAUAGACAUAUAUUUUUAAAACAUGUCUUUGCCGGCUGUGUGAAAAAAAAAACAUUGAAAUGUAACUAUUUCAAGUUACUAUUACACUAGCCUAUAGGUAUGCAUCUAUAUUAUACACAAAUAUGUUUACACAGAAUAAACAUAAAGGGAUAUUGAACUGUCAAAAUCGGCGCACACCCGUGUAAUCUGUAGGUGAAAAAUGGCGCCAAAUUUUAUUGAUGACAUUUUAUUUAGGGGAUAUAAAAUUAACUGUUGGAUUUUAAAUAAUAGAUUCCCUAAUUAUUUUAGUAACAUCUUAUAGAUUUAAACUCGGCUUGUCGAAUACAUUUGUAUUGUUUACUUUUUAAAUGUCACGUGAUUCAUUUUGGCUGUAUAUUUUUUUCAACUGUACAGAUAUGAAUAAAAAGAAAAUACUACAAAAAGAAUGUAUACAUAGUUGCAUUGUUAAGCCAACUGUUUGUAAGGUUUUUAAGGUUUAAAUGUUAUUUUAAUUUUAUGUUUAUACGAACAAACUGUUGAAAUUGUUUUUCAUGUAAUUUCUAUGAAAUUAUUAUAAUAUGUAAGCAACAAGCACAUGAUAGUUGUUUUGUCUGUAUGAAAUGUUUCUUUGGUUGUGUUUACAUUCUAGUUUUUUUAAUUACUUUUUUUAAAUGCGUUUUGUUUUAGUAAUAUUUUUAGACCUGAUAAUAAUUAAGUAUUCAUAAAUACGUGAUGAAUAUUUAAUGUGACAAUUUUAUACCUUAUAAUUUUAAGACCUUAUCAUAUCAACUGAUCUAACAAUUUGUAGGUACAUAAUUAGAUAGAUGUAUAGUAAGGAAUAUGAAACACAAAUGUUUUAGAAUGACAAUGCUUGUAUUCCGUUACGGUAAUAAAAAAAUAAAACGCUAUUGUAAAAUGAUUAACUGGCCAUAGACAUAGUUUUAGCAAAGUUAAAACUAACUCCUCUAUGGUUUGAAGAAACAUUUAAACGUAACAAAAGAAUUCAAGUAUUAAUUCGCGCAAGCAUUUAACCGUUUAUGACGGCCAUGUUCAUUUUGUUCAUACACAUAAA